UUCCCGCUGCGGACUGAACACUGCUCGCCGAACAGCAGUUGGUAGCGGACGUUCCGCCGUACCGCCAAGCAAUCUGAGAUCGCGAUCGCGAACAUACACCGCUCCGAAAGCUAAAAGCGGUUCUCUCGCCGCUAUAUGCUGUACAACAUACAUGCAUAUGUACAUAACUCGUAUGUAUGUACGAGUAUAGGGAUAUGGGAUUGCUGAAUGGGCUUAGGAUUUCCAAUCCAAGGAGUGCUUUAGAGAGAUUAGAAAGACGUCAGAAUCAUAUCAGUAGGCAGAACAGCCGGCUUCUCUCCGCAGAGCGCGCUGUGGCGAAAAGAGAGCCGAGCACGGCUUAAAAGAGCACUCGACCGCUCUCUUAAGUGCGCCUCUGCUUACUCAAUAUUUUUGCACAUGUGAGGAUUAAGUGUGUGGACAUAAUUAUCAUCGGAUAAGAUAAGGUGUUAACAUAGUAACAAUCUUUGCAUCUAGAGUAUCUGCCUUUUGGGAUGAAAUAAUAUAAAUAUUCAAAAAAAAAAAAGCUUAUGCUGCAUGCUUUUUUGAGUAGUAGUAUAUUCAGUAACAGUUUUUAAAAGUAAUCGAAAUUUGUAAAAAUAUUUGUACUUGUGAAUAUACAUAGUAUAACUAUUUUAACUAAUGAUUAACAUAAUUUUACUAUCCUAUGUAUUACUUAUCGCACCGAGCAGUACUAAAUACUAUGAAUACAAAUUCUUUUGAAAACGAGGGUAAUAUCUUGAGCAUUACUCAGUUGUGCACUUCCUGAAGAACUCAUUUUGGCAGAAAAAACGUAUGUUGAUGAUCACAGGGAAUGGUAGAUGACUAGCUCAUCAGCAUCAGUAGUAGUAAACUAUUAACGUGAAUAAACUGACGUGAAUAAACUGUCGUUACUCAGAAAUGCGUCAAAUAUGAAGAUAUAUCUAAAUAAUCAACCCAAGCUGCACAAACAUAUCGUAAUAGUUAAGAUAGGCAAGUGUAACUGAUUUGUGUAAGCUAUAUAUACUUUAUACUUCAUUUUGUCUCAUUUAGGCAUAGAGUGCGCGACAUCUGCUGGAUCCCAGCCCAUCCAAUGUGGGUCAAGAUCAAUCUACUGAUCGCGUCAGUGAAUAAAAAUAGUAGCCACUCGCUCCAUUAUUUCAACGCCGAGAACUCUUCCACAUAAAUGUCUUCUGUGCCAAAUUACCAUAUGUAGCAAUUGACCCUAUUGUAUACUAAAUAUUUUCUUUAAUCAAACGCAGCAAUAAGAAUUAAUCAAUUAAGAGACCAGAGCUCGUUUGCCAAAUUAAAGUAUAGUUGGAAAUUAAAAAUCCAUUUCGCCGCCGCGGAGGUCGGCGAAAAUUUAAAAAUAUUCCAAAAUACGAUGAUGCAUAUGCAUACUCGCAUACGGAUGUUGCGAGAAUGGUGGACCAAUGAAAAACAUCUCAAAAGAUUCCAGGAAAAGCGAUCUCCAUGCAACCGUGCAAUCGGCAACAAAACGCUUGUUUUGUAAUCAACAACAAACUGCCGGCAUCCAAAUGAUGCCAACAUAAAACAGCAGCCAGAACGGAGAAUCUUACAAAAUAGCCCUAAAAGUCUGGGCGGAGGCAAGUGAGUUCCCCAAGAAGGCUGUUUGUAUUACACCGAACUAAUCAACAUGCCCUGUAAGCAAUGUUUACACAGCCACUAAAUAAAUAAACGACCCCAAGUCUCUAAUUAAUUGCUCAGUCUAGCAAAUCGCAUACUGAUCUGGAGGAAGCAUACGUUCUAAAUUAGGAAAUAUUGCUCAAAGAGGCGCCGCUGGUUUUCAGAUGCUAAUGAUCGAGCCGCUGGAGACCGCUGACCACAAUGUAUCUAUCUGUCUAUCCAUCUUUGUAUCUAUGCUAUCUGCUCCGAUCGCAUUGUAUCAUCCUAAUAAUUAACGCAUUUAGAUCAUAAGGCGGUCAGCCAGCCAUAAACUUUUGUUUAGCUGUUGAUGCCUAUAGGGCAACAGCCCAACUUGGAUUUGGAUAGAGAAUCACUUUCAGGUGGAUACCCAACGCAGACCCCCUGUCCUGGCAUUUGUGCAACUUCGAUCUGCAGGCUGGCGGCCUUCGAGUGAAUCGAAGAUCAAUAAGCGAGAGGCUGUGAAGAGCCCUAGACUACGGAUCACUAUCGAAUUCGAAGUCUUCAGAUGUUCGAUGUCAGACUGACUGUCUGUUUAUCCGUCCGUGCGUCCAACACGCGCAGGCCUCUUAGUCAAUUGCGUCUGUCCGUGCGUCUGUCCGUAUGUCUGUCCGUAUGUCUGUCCGUAUGUCUGUCCGUAUGUCUGUCCGUAUAUAUGUAUGAUUGUGGGUGAGCAUGUCUAAUGCGUGAGCUGGUUCGGCAUUUCUAUAUGCUUAUGCUCUGCUCUGAUAGUUCCAUUCAGUCGCUUUUUUGUUGCGUUCACCCACACACUUGAUUGAUAAAUAUUGAUCCUGAUUGAAUGAUCGAAAGCUUGCGAAAACCCGAAACAGCCAUUCCAGCGAUCCGUUUGGAUCCGAUUCAAUCCAAUCGGCAGGCCUGCGGAAUUAUUGAGAGCUCAGGUUUUGAAGUUCCUCUGACAGCUGCUCAAUCAAAUCGAAUCAAAUAUUUGGGCUAACUAAACAAAAACCUUUCUUAAAGAGCCCCCAAUUCCAUGCCCUCAUCGAUGAUGUCUAAAUUCUGGAAAUUCGCAAAAAUCAAACUCAAUUACGGCCGCUGUCAAUCAGCGGCAGGAAUCGAAUUGUGAAUCGCCGGCAUCCAAAUCGGAAUAGGAAUAGAGAGGCAUGCGUAAGAGGCAUUUGUUGUACUCGUACUCCCAUAGCUAGGUGGCGUAUCUCAAAGAUACAUUUCACUUAACUGUAUGGCAUAUAUCAUCCAUUCAACUGCGGCACAGAGCAGCCACUACCAUGACAGCACACGCAGAUGGCGAUGCUGAUGCCGAUCUAGAUGGGAAUCGGGGCUGAUAUGGAUGGGGACGGGAAUGGGGAUCGCUGGGAGCCGGCCGACGUGCGUUGACCCUGAGACUUGCCCACACCCACCCACGCCAUGCGAAUAACAUAAACUAAUAGGGGUUCUAUAUAUAUAGAGAGAUGCACAGAGGGAAACAUGCUUCCCAAAUCAAGACAAGACACUAUUUUCGAUUCCAGAGUCAGCCCUGACCAAUUUGGAUUUGUUUAAACGAACAGAAAGUAGUCACCAUGUGGUAAUAAUUUAAAUAUACUAAACAAAAUGCGAAUAUAUACACCCAAAGGCCAAAUGAAAUUCCCUUAGCCCUUCAGAUACAUUUUCGAUCAGUGUAGUUGAAAUGUAAUUUACUUUUUGUCAGUGUAUCAGACUGUUCCUUGAGUUUAAGAACUGCAAAUCAUAUCCCAGAGGCUUGCAAAUAUUUAUGGGUAUCAUGUGGAAAAGACUUGAAGUGAGUUGAAAUUAAAAACAUUUUAAAAGUAGCUGAAGUACAAUGGCUAGCACCGCUCUAUCGCCAUAAAAGAUGAGUGCCCGCUGAAAGGCAUGGGAUCAUAAAAAAUGGACUAGAAUUCAAGUACGUACGCAUGCAUAACUCAAUUUGCCGCGAUCCAUCCGGACUCUUUGAACUGUCUGCUAGUCUGUUAGUUGGGGAUAGACAUCCGCCAUCUGCAGAUGAUUUCGAACCUAAUCCGUCCCUGAACCGAUCCAGAAAUUCGCAUUGCUCAAAUCGGUUCAACACACGACGCUCGACUUUCAGUAAUGCAACUCCUCCUUCGAGUGGCCAAUGCACUUGCCAAAGACUUCAAUUGAAAAUUUUCAUUUACACCAGGCUGGCCGGCCAUUCAAUGGAUAUGAAUCGGUUUUAUAUAAGACUCCAAAAUGAAUAUUUCUCCUGAAUAAUGCCUCCGUUCAUUGAUUCCAAAAACGUAAUUGAAUUCACAAUGGCUGUGUGUGUGAGUUCGCCUGCAGGCGGCAUAUUCUUCAGUAUUAGAAGUGGAAAAAUUGUCGAAAUCAAAAUCGGGCAGCAUAAUGCUACGAGUAUAAUGCCAUAAUGCUAAACUCGAGCCCAAAUUAUGUCGAUUCUGCGCUGCAUCAGCACUAUCUCCGAUUGCAGCAGCGAAUUGAGCGGCUUUUGGCUUUGGCUUUGGCUUUGGCUUUGGCAUAUGGCUAUGGCAUAUGGCCUGAUGUCCAAUUUCUGAUGGCUUUACUUUUGCUUUUGCUUUUGCGCUGACUGACUAAGCCUAAGCUUUUGUUUUGGCAAUCAAAAGGGGCUUAUUUCGUGGAACUGCACAUGCCACACACAUUACACUGCUGGAAAUGCCUGAUUAAGCGAUCAAAGUCGUAUAGAAAACUAUUACAUAGUUGAAAUAUCCUGAAACAUCAGCGCCCACUUUGAAUACACAGUGCUUCGUAAUGGGUAACUUGCGAUAAGUAACGCAUUUAAUCUUAAUUUAUUUUUAUGAACAAUACUUGUUUUUUAACUAAUGAAAAUACUUUGAUAAUUUGUCAUUUAGUUUUUGAAUAACAUAGAGUUGCAAUUAAUAAACGCCACUGCAAACCUUUUAUUAAUGAAUAUAUUGGUCAGGUAGGUGGCAUUUUCUCCCAGUGUAAGCACUUGAUCCGGCUCUGAUUGCAGCACCAAUCGACUGGCCCAGCUGUGCCACCACAGCUCCACAGCUGCACUGACGACGACCCAAUCCGAUGGGUGCGAAGCUCAUCUGCGUGGCUCGAGAAGAUGCCAGCUGUCAUAUUUUUCGACCACUUUCAACACUGAAGUUGUGGCCAAGUCCGUUUUGGCAGGUGGAAAAUAGUUGGCACUCGACUUGGCUGGAAACACACCCCGUUGUGAGUCGGUAACCACCACCAUGAGCGCCAGCGAGGGCAUCAGUCUCCCGGGCAACGAGGAAACCACUCCGCCGCAUGAAAAACACAAACAAAAGGCCAAGAAGGCCAAAAAGAAGUCUCGGAGUGCCAAAGAAAGUGUUCCCAAUGCAAUGGACGCGAAAGCCACUGCCAGCUACUUCAGUUUGAGCAUCGUGGGCCAAAUAGUGUCGGCCACCUUUCCCUUGGGUCCCGACAAGGAGUUCGUCUUCCUGCGCUACGAAAUGGUCGCUGGUCCCGACUGGCAGCUGUGCUCCGGACCCCAGCACGGACUCACCCAGCUGGCCACCAACAGAAGGGGCCACUUCAACGAACCGAUUGUCUUCAACAUGCCCAUCGAGGUGACCUACAAGAGCACCAGUCCUUAUGGCUGGCCCCAGAUCCUGGUGAGCGUGUUCGGACGCAGUGGCCUGGGCAGGGAGACUCUACUCGGUUACGCCCACAUCCAUCUGCCCGUUUUUGGCAGUCGGCGUCCAGCGGAUCAGACGGAGCAGCUGCAGGCGCCCAUCCUGAUGCCCAAGUGCCCCAACAUGAUGGCGGACAUCACCAGUUGGCUGCUGCGCCGCGAGCCGGAGCUGAAGGACCCCAAGGUGCUGCUGGACAACCUGAAGUGCAAGGGACUCUCCAUGGAGUCCUACGGCAGCCUGCAGUUCCAGCUGUCCUCCGUGAUGAGGGGCGCCCGCAAGCUGGGCUACCAUUGGCACUCCUGAUACGAGAUUCCAGAGUGUGUUAGUAAAACGUGAACUUGAGGAAGCAGGAAAGCGUUUGUCUUAAUCUAAUUGCCGGGUGGGUGGUACCUCAAACUUGACCUUGUCCGCUGUGACGGCUAAGACGGUGUCCAAAUGACGCGACUGCUGCUAAUCCGACGCAGCAAACCAGCUGCAAUCG